AACCCUCUCAAAAUAUAGUUAGACGAAAACGGCAUUAGGGCAAUUCCAAACAUGUGUGCAUCCGUUUGCAUCUUCACGUGAAAGUGGUAUGCUGCUAGAAAACUUUGUGUUUAUUAGCACAAACUAAUUGUACACGAAGGAUUUAAUCAGACUUAUUACUAACAAUGAUAAAUAGAGGAGAAGACGACGUGUAGUUGAAGAUUAAACAAGAACAGAAGAUAGUUUCAUCAUGUUUUCAUUACGACAGCUAUUUCAACUUGGCACGCGACUCAGUUUUAUGAGAGAACCUGUGAAUUUACAUUGGUUGGCAUCGAUUUCACGAGAAAAGGUCGAUAUCAAUCGUCGUGAAAGAAUAUUUGUUAGAAUGAAAACGAAUGUCUGCGAAUCGUCUCAAACAAUCAACGAAGAACCUACUAAGAAGCCGCUGGGCAAGCUUGAAGGGAAACUCAAGUUAGCAUUUACCUGUAAACGUUGUUCUCACAGAAAUAACAAUAUAAUAUCAAAGCUGGCAUAUGAAAAGGGGGUGGUUAUAGUACGAUGUAAUGGUUGCAAAAAUAACCAUUUAAUAGCAGACCAUCUUGGAUGGUUCACAGAGAUGAAAGCUUAUAGGAACAUUGAAAGACUUUUGGCAGCAAAGGGGGAGACUGUUACAAAAAUACUGAAUGACGUUGAAGGAUAUGUGGAGGUUGUUCCCAAAGAAAAAUCGUAUUUUUCAGAGUAUGUAGAAGAAGAAGGACAUCUCAUGGAAAAGAAAAAAAGUGAAAUAUGUAUAGAAAAGAAAAAUUAUGAAAGUUCUGGGGAUAAGUAGGAUGGAAAUUGUUUAGGCAAUUUAUAAAUACUUCUAAAUUUAUUGUAUACUGUUUAUAAUCUAUAUUACGUUCAACUUACAAAUAUAUGUGUAAAAAAGCAAUAUCGGAUAUGUUUGGUCGAUAUCGAGACUUAAAAAUUUAUUUUUCAUUCAGCAUAAUUACUAGAAAAAAUAGUUUAUAUUUUUAUAGUAUGCUUAUUUUUAUUUUGUUUUUAAUCAUAUAAAAUGUAAACAAUACUUCUAAUAUGUACAAUUUGGUAAAAGAUAUAUAUUCUCAAAACAAAGUUUCUCAGAUCUUACAAAAAUUCUACAAGACUUGCCUCUUCUUGCUACGUAACUGUCUCUGAAAACAGCUUGAUUUUAUUAUCAAGUGUAAUCUCAAUCAAAUUUAAAUGGCUGACCUUGGCACAUGUUUUAAAAAUUACUAUAUAUGGCAAGUUUUAAUAGACAAAUUGUUCAAUGUUUGUUGUGUAAAUAUGUAUUAAGAAAUGGAUAUGUAUAAUACAUAUUUUAUAAAACUAUGUUUCAUUAACAAUAAAAUCUGUGAAACAUAGUUAAAUCCUUUAUAAAUGUGUAUAUAUAAUACAUAUAUAUGUAUAUAAAAUAUAUAGUAUUGGAAACAGA